GUGGCUGUACUGGAGAAAUACGCAUACGAAUACAAAUGCCGUACCGGAGGGGCGACGUGUCCUAAUAGCAUAUAAAUACUCUGAAGUUUCGCCAUUUGACGCCUAGUAUUACACACCUGUUAGGGCGGGAACCCAAAAUUUCACCUAAAAGACAUGCCCGAACCAAAGAUGAGCCUCCGUAAGGGCUCCAAGGUUUGGGUCGAGGACAGAGAUUUGGCCUGGGUGGCCGCUGAAGCUAUAGAAUUUGUUGGCAAACAAGUUCGGGUCCUAACCGCUUCGGGAAAGAAGGUCUUGGCUUCUCCGGAGAAGUUAUUUCCGAGGGAUGCGGAUGAGGAGGACCAUGGUGGAGUGGACGACAUGACCAAGUUGACCUAUUUGAAUGAGCCUGGGGUGCUUUACAAUCUCCAGAGGAGAUAUUCACUUAAUGACAUAUAUACGUACACAGGGAGCAUUCUGAUUGCUGUGAACCCGUUCACAAAGUUGCCCCACUUGUACAAUGUUCAUAUGAUGGAGCAGUAUAAAGGGGCUCCAUUUGGAGAGCUAAGCCCUCAUGUUUUUGCUGUGGCUGAUGCAUCAUAUAGAGCAAUGAUGUAUGACAAUAAAAGUCAAUCUAUACUGGUUAGUGGAGAGAGUGGGGCCGGAAAGACUGAGACUACGAAAUUGAUUAUGCAAUAUCUUACUUAUGUCGGUGGUCGUGCUGCUGGAGAUGACCGAACAGUCGAGCAGCAAGUUCUUGAAUCAAAUCCACUCUUGGAGGCAUUUGGGAAUGCGAGGACUGUGAGAAAUGACAAUUCAAGUCGUUUUGGCAAGUUUGUUGAAAUCCAAUUUGAUGCAAGUGGUAGAAUAUCAGGUGCUGCGAUCAGAACUUACCUUUUGGAACGGUCCCGUGUUGUUCAGAUCACAGAUCCUGAAAGGAAUUAUCACUGCUUCUAUCAGCUGUGUGCAUCUGGAAGGGAUGCAGAGAAGUAUAAGUUAGAUCAUCCAAGCCACUUUCACUACUUAAAUCAAAGCAAGACCUUUGAGCUAGAUGGCGUGAGCAGCUUAGAGGAAUACAUGAAGACCAGGCGGGCUAUGGACAUUGUUGGUAUAAGUUAUGAAGAUCAGGAGGCUAUAUUUCGCACCUUGGCUGCAAUUCUCCACUUAGGGAACAUUGAGUUUUCUCCUGGAAAGGAGCAUGACUCUUCCGUCAUAAAGGAUCAGAAAUCUAGCUUUCAUAUGCAGAUGGCAGCUAAUCUUUUCAGGUGUGAUGUAAACCUCUUGCUAGCUACACUUUGUACUCGUUCAAUUCAAACUCGUGAAGGAAGUAUUGUUAAAGCUCUCGACUGUAAUUCUGCUGUUGCUAGUCGGGAUGCAUUGGCAAAAACUGUUUAUUCUCGGCUGUUUGAUUGGCUUGUGGAUAAGAUCAACAGGUCUGUUGGGCAAGACCUGAAUUCCCGAGUGCAAAUUGGAGUAUUGGACAUCUAUGGGUUUGAAUGCUUUAAGGAUAACAGUUUUGAGCAAUUUUGCAUUAAUUUUGCCAACGAAAAGCUUCAGCAACAUUUCAAUGAGCAUGUAUUCAAAAUGGAGCAGGAGGAAUAUAGCAAAGAAGAAAUUAAUUGGAGCUACAUUGAAUUUAUAGACAACCAAGAUGUUUUAGAUUUGAUCGAGAAGAAACCUAUGGGGAUGAUUGCUCUCUUGGAUGAAGCUUGCAUGUUCCCAAAAUCAACUCAUGAAACAUUUUCAACCAAGUUAUUUCAGAAUUUUCGGGCCCAUCUAAGGUUGGAAAAGGCAAAAUUUUCCGAAACAGAUUUUACCAUUUCACAUUAUGCUGGAAAGGUUACCUAUCACACCGAUACCUUUUUAGAUAAAAACCGUGAUUAUGUUGUGGCGGAACAUUGCAAUCUAUUGUCUUCUUCCAAAUGCCCCUUUGUUGCUGGUCUUUUCCCUUCACCGCCAGAGGAAUCAUCAAGAUCCUCAUAUAAAUUUUCCUCUGUGGCCUCCAGAUUUAAGCAACAACUCCAAGCACUCAUGGAAACCCUCAACCAAACAGAGCCUCACUACAUUCGUUGUGUGAAGCCAAACUCCUUGAAUCGGCCUCAAAAAUUUGAGAAUCUGAGUAUCUUACACCAAUUACGUUGUGGGGGUGUUUUAGAGGCUGUCCGGAUAAGUUUGGCUGGUUAUCCUACUCGAAGGACCUAUUCGGAGUUUAUAGAUCGUUUUGGUUUAUUAGCUCCUGAGCUGAUGGAUGGAAGUUAUGAAGAAAAAGCUGUGACGGAGAAUGUUCUAAGAAAGUUGAAGCUUGAGAAUUUUCAGUUGGGCAGGACAAAAGUGUUUCUUAGAGCUGGUCAAAUUGGCAUUCUAGACUCCCGGCGGGCUGAGAUUUUGGACAAUGCUGCAAAACGGAUUCAGCGUCGAUUCCAAACAUAUAUAUCUCGCAGAGAUUUUAUUUCAACUCGAGCUGCUGCAUCUGCUCUCCAAGCAUACUGUAGAGGAUGCCUUGCUCGAAAGAUGUAUACUGCAAAACGGGAGACAGCAGCUGCUAUUUCAAUACAGAAAUAUGUGCGCAGUUCAUUGUUAAGACGUUCUUAUCUGAAACUAGGUUCAGCUGCAAUUAUCAUACAGUCCAACAUUCGUGGUUUCUCAACUCGCAAAAAAUUUUUGCACGAAAAGAAACAUAGGGCUGCCACUCUAAUUCAGGCUCGCUGGAGGAUGUGCAAGGUUCGUUUUGCUUACCAACAUCGCCAAACUUCUAUUAUUGCCCUACAAUGUCUUUGGAGGCAGAAAGUGGCAAAAAGAGAGCUCCGGAGACGUAAACAAGAGGCUAAUGAAGCUGGCGCCUUGCGUUUGGCUAAAAGUAAACUCGAGAAGCAAUUAGAAGACUUCACAUGGAGGUUGCAGCUUGAGAAAAGAUUGCGGGUUUCUCAUGAAGAGUCCAAGUUGGUAGAAAUUUCAAAACUUCAGAAAAUAGUGGAAUCAUUGAACCUUGAACUAGAUGCAGCUAAAUUGGCAACAAUCAAUGAGUGCAACAAGAAUGCAGUGCUGCACAAUCAAUUGGAGUUUUCGAUGAAAGAGAAAUCUGCUAUGGAAAGAGAACUCAUUGGAACAGCUGAACUGCGAAAGGAAAAUUCAUUUUUAAAAAGCGCUUUGGAUGCCUUGGAAAAGAAGAACUCAGCAUUGGAACUUGAGCUUGUAAAGGCUAAAAAAGAUGGUAUUGAAAGCAUAGAAAAGCUGCAGGAAGUUGAACAUAAGUGUUCUGAGCUCCAACAGAAUGUUAAAAGUCUUGAGGAGAAGCUCUCACUUUUAGAGGAUGAGAAUCAUGUCCUACGACAAAAAGCUUUGAGUGUGUCUCCGAAGCACAGCCGUCCUGGUUUUGCAAAGUCAUUUUCAGAGAAAUACUCUGGUGCACUUGUUCUUCCCCAAAUUGACCGGAAGCCUGUGUUUGAAUCACCCACACCUACAAAGCUAAUUGCACCGUUUUCACAUGGUUUGUCUGAGUCACGACGAUCAAAAUUAACUGUGGAGAGGCACCAGGAGAAUUAUGAAUUCCUUUCAAGGUGUAUUAAAGAAGACUUGGGGUUUAAAGAUGGUAAACCGCUGGCAGCAUGCAUCAUAUAUAAAUGCCUUCUUCACUGGCAUGCUUUUGAGUCUGAGCGGACACAAAUUUUUGACUUCAUAAUCGAGGGAAUUAAUGAAGUCCUGAAGGUUGGGGAUGAGACUGUUACAUUGCCAUAUUGGCUGUCCAAUGCCUCGGCACUUUUAUGCCUCCUUCAGAGAAAUUUAAGAUCCAAUGGUUUUCUGACCACAACUACUCAGCGUUCUGCCGGGUCUUCUGGGUUAAUUAGCAGGGUUGGGCAUGGUCUGAAAUCUCCUUUCAAAUUUAUUGGUGGAUUUGAGGAUGGCAUUUCACAUGUAGAAGCAAGAUAUCCUGCUAUUCUAUUCAAACAACAGUUGACUGCUUGUGUGGAGAAGAUUUUUGGUCUGAUCCGUGACAAUUUGAAAAAAGAAUUAUCUCCACUAUUGGGCUCAUGCAUUCAGGCACCCAAAGCAAGAGUACAUGCUGGAAAAUCAUCUAGAUCACCUGGAGGUGUUCCUCAGCAACUACCUAGUAGCCAGUGGGACAAUAUCAUCAAAUUUUUGGAUUCUCUUAUGAGUCGAUUACGUUGUAAUCAUGUACCCUCAUUUUUCAUCCGUAAGCUAAUUACCCAGGUUUUUUCUUUCAUCAAUAUCUCACUUUUCAACAGUCUUCUCCUCCGACGUGAAUGUUGCACAUUUUCAAAUGGAGAAUAUGUGAAAUCUGGUCUAGCAGAACUGGAGAAGUGGAUAGUAUGUGCAAAAGAAGAGUUUGCAGGAACGUCUUGGCAUGAGCUAAAUUAUAUCAGACAAGCUGUUGGGUUUCUGGUAAUACAUCAGAAGAGGAAAAAAUCUUUGGAAGAGAUAAGGCAGGAUCUUUGUCCGGCAUUAACUGUUAGGCAAAUCUAUCGAAUAAGUACCAUGUAUUGGGAUGACAAAUAUGGUACUCAGAGUGUGUCAAACGAGGUGGUUGCACAAAUGAGGGAAAUCUUGAACAAAGACAAUCAAAAUUUGACCUCCAAUUCCUUCUUAUUGGAUGAUGAUCUGAGCAUUCCAUUCUCUACUGAAGAUAUAGAUAUUGCGAUUCCCGCUAUCGAUACUUCAGAUAUUGAACUUCCAACAUUCUUGUCCGAGUAUCCUUGUGCACAAUUUCUCGUCCAGCAUCAAAAGUAAAUAAUCUCUGCAAUCUUCAAAGCUGCAAAUAUUGCCGUAUAGCAUUUAUUUUAGCCUGAUAUGCAUUCAUCUUAGGCUUUAGGGAUUGUUUUACACGUAGGAAAGAGGUUUUCUCCCUAUUUAGCAUUCAGAAGGAAAUCUAAGCAAUUAGUCAUAAGAUAGAUAGUUCUUGCUGAUUACCGAAUCAGUAGUUUUCCUCCAUUCUGUUGAUUUAGCAACUAGCCAUCCAGGCUUGUGAUGGAAUAGAUGACUGUUCUCUUCACUUAGAAGGCUUCUUCUUUUUAUUCAUUAUUUUUUCUAUGAAGUUUGUAUAUAUUAACGCAGGAAUUAUACCUUGUAUUCUAAGUGCAAUUAUAAGUUUUCUGUUCUACGUACAUUAAUUCUAGAACAGAAUUGGGUUAUUGCUGUAAAUAUUCAAUAUAUUACAUAUUAUUUUUAA